AUGGAGAGUCUGCAGUACCUAUUUUAUUUUAUCAUUUUCGUCCCGGGUGUUCUAUCUAGGCUAAUUUACUUUGGCACAGACAUCGACAAUAGUAAUAACCACGAUGUCAUAAAACGAUUGUCGAGUGACUCCUGUGGCGGACAAGAGAGUAUCCGCCUUUCGGGAGUUGGGCUGGAUGAAAUUCCGAAAAAUUUCGUUAUUUCUAACGCAAUAAAAAGAAUAAACUUAGAAAAUAACGAACUCGUGGAUAUACCAACGGGCAUGUUCGACGACGUACAACAAUUAGAAUGUUUAAACCUUGCAUGGAACAAGAUUCCACUUCAACGAUUCUUCGACUUCAAGCACGACGGCUUGAAGACAUUAAUAUUAGACCAUCAAAAAAACUUCACGGGACUGAACUUCUACUUUUUGGAUUCUCACAAUACACAGUCUUGGAAGAUGAGACCGAAUCUUCCAAAAUUGGAAAAUCUUCAUAUGAAUGGAAUGUAUUCGUAUGAAUACUAUAAACAGUUUAAUAAUUCUUUUCUUUCACUUCGUAAAUUAUACUUGACAGAUAAUAGAUUAAAGUCUCAUGAUAUGGCUAAUAUAUUUGCCACAUUACCGGUAAACGUAGAAAGCUUGCAUUUAGAAAGGAAUAAGAUCAGUACAGUUGAUUUGCAAUGGUUCGGAAACCUCGACUCCUUGCAUUUGGACGAAAACCCUUUGAGCGAUAUUUCUAUCAAAAGUAAUGCCCUAAAACUUCUGUCCUUAAAAAAUUGUUCCUUUUACGCUUUAACGGAGUAUUUAUUUACGAUUUUUGCACCGUCUUUGCAGAUACUGGACUUGUCCAGCAAUCAGAUCAAAACAAUAAACUCGAAUGUAUUUUCGAAUAUGCCAGUGUUAGAAGUAUUGUCUUUAGAUCGUAAUACGUUAUCGACAAUUCCGUACUUAAGAAGUCUAGAGAGGCUCGAACGUUUAUCUUUAGCUUACAAUCAGAUCGAACAGGUCACUGCGUCGAUGUUGCCCGGCACCUUGAGGAGAUUGGACCUCCAGGGGAAUCGAAUAAGCAACAUCGAUGAAGACACGUUUGCGAGUCUCGGUUAUCUCGAAGAGCUAGAUUUAUCACAUAACGAACUGCGAGUCCUACCUGCCGGAUGGUCCAUGAACCUGGAAAUGUUGACGUACUUAAAUGUGAAGGCAAAUCAAUUAAACAAUAUAUCUGAUAUGUCAAUUGAAUUUUUGACAAAUCUGAAGGAAUUGUAUAUAAAGGACAAUCAGAUAACGAGCAUUGAUUUGCCUGCACUACAAUUAGUACCCGAGGGAUGUACUGUGUAUGUAGUUUAAAAGCACCGGUUUUAUACAAUUAAAUAUUAUUCGUAUUA